AUGAAUUCUAGUACCUCUCGACAACCCUUGUUGGAUCCGAUGGAAAUCUCUCCUACCGGAGGCUCUAUAUCGGACUCGAUCGCUGAUGCGACUCGGCAUGGUAGAAAGCGGAUGAGAAGAAAUAGCACCGAUGAGGAUAGUCGAGGGUUGGCUGGAGAAAGUCAAAACGAAGGCGAAGGUUAUGAGGAGAACAGGGAUGCUGUGGAUAAUGAAGGGACGGACGAUCUCCAGGAAUUAUCGGAUAUAGGUAGUAUCGAGGUCAUCAAACCGAAAUACAUCGAGAUGGCCAGGAAGGGGCGUAACAAGAACGUCAUCGAUAUCAUCGGCCCUCGUUCUAGUGGUCCCACUUCCAAGGGUAGACUGGCAUUAGAAGCCAAGAUAUUACAACGCAUAGGCAAUGGUACCCCUCUAUCUGCCGUCAAGAACCACUACCAGAGUAGAAAGCCUGCAAGUCCGGUUAGAAAGAAGACCUUCGUAGGAGCGGAUAGAACUGUUGGUGGAAGUGAGAUCAAUAAAGAAUUAUCGCUGGAGCCGAAGUACCGUCAAUCAGACGUAUAUUCAUUUCUUGGCGGCGCCGUUAACAGCAAUCUACCUCUCGCCAGACGAACUGAGCUUCUCAGCGUCCAGGACUCUGUCAACGGUCUAAGACAGACUACGAUCAAUGGUCUCGCCGGUUUGAAUCAGAGCCUGGAGUUAGAUUACCGCGUGAUGCAAAGUACGCUGAGUGAGGAAGGUAAACGAUGGUUAUCAAAUGAAACCGAUGAAAUCCAAGCGCAACUCAAACAAGUGCUCAAGUUGCCUCUACGACAGCUCAAACAGAUUGAUCAAGCGACGUCCGCACUGUUAGAUAAGGAGGAAAUGUUAGCUGGGAGAUCACCAUUUGAGUCUGACGAAGACGAGGAUGUUGACACCGAGAAUCUUGGUGGUAGUGAAAAAUGA